AUGAUAUCCACGAUGAGCACCAACAAAAAUGGUUUGUCUGACGGAAAAGACGAAGAUGCUGUUGAAGAUGAACACAAGGUCGGUUUCACCAGUAGUAGCAGUGGCGCUUUAGGCGGAGGAGAUGCGGGCUUGAAUCCAGGGAGGCCUUCGGAAGAAGCUAGGGUUUCUGGUGGAAGUGCGGGUAAAUCAGAGCAAGCUACGUUUUCUGAUGUUUUGAAUGAAUCUCGAGUAACCAAUGUGAAAAAUGAAGAAAAUAAAUCUGUUGAUGCGUAUAGAGUUUCGGAAAAUCAGGAUAGUUGUUCUAUUCCGACUGAUUCUUGGGACGAUAAGAAUAAGAUGCCUAUUGGUAUGGAAGCAGAUUAUGAUUCUCUUCUCUCGGGAUUUGACGAGUUUGUGGCGAAUGGAAAUGGAGAAGCCGUCGGCAAUGGGUACCAAGUUGGUGACAUGGUGUGGGGCAAAGUAAAAUCCCACCCGUGGUGGCCUGGAUUUAUACACAAUGAAGCCUUUGCUACGCCUUCUGUUCGGAGAACCAAACAUGAGGGCCAUGUGUUGGUGGCAUUUUUCGGGGAUGGGAAAGUGGAGAGAGGGGUAAAGGAGAAGAGGAGAAACCUUCACCAAGGAAGGAGCAAGCCUUCACUAAGGAAACCAAAGGAAGGAGAAGAAGCCCUCACCGGUGGCGGAGGGAAGAGGAACCUUCACAGAGAGAGGAAGGACUAA